CGCUGCCAGGCGGAGCUGCCGGGGACGGGGCGCGGCAGAGCCGGGUCCUUUGGCUGCCCGGACGCUCGUGCGGGACAGAGCGGGCCCGGUGCGGCGGGGCGCAGCGCGGAGGCAGCGGGCAGGGGCAUGGCUCCGCUGCAGGGUCCCCAGGCGGGGAGAGAGGAGCCGGGCGCGGGCGCCUCCCCGCGGCGCUUCACUUGGGAGGAGAUCGGGCUGCGCACGGGCCGGGGGCAGCCGCAGCAGGAGCGGUGGCUGGUGAUCAACAGGAAGGUCUAUGACAUCAGCCAGUUCUACCGGCGGCACCCGGGGGGCGCCCGAGUCAUCAGCAGCUACGCCGGGCAGGACGCCACGGAUCCAUUUGAGGCCUUUCAUAUUGAUAAGGAGCUUGUGAGAAAGUACAUGAGCUCACUGCUGAUUGGGGAGCUGGAACUGGAUCAGCCAAGUUUUGAGCCAGCCAAAAAUGUGAGUCUAACUGAGUAAUGCAGAGAGCUGAACACCACUGUCGAGCGGAUGGGACUCCUCAACUCCAGCCAUCUCUUCUUCUUCCUGCUUCUCUUGCACAUUGUGCUGCUGGAAGCUGCUGGCUGGUUUGUUCUUUGGUCUUUUGGGACAUCCCCAGUGCCUUUCCUCAUCUCUGCAGUGCUGCUGACCAUGUCUCAGUCCCAGGCUGGCUUUCUGCAGCACGAUUUGGGCCACCUCUCCGUUUUCAGCAAUACCAAAUGGAACCACUUGUUCCACGAGUUUGUCAUGAGCCAUUUGAAGGGACUUUCUGCAUGCUGGUGGUCCCUCCACCACUCCCAGCAUCAUGCCAAGCCCAACUGCUUCCACAAAGACCCUGAUAUUUCAAUGCAUCCCUUCUUGUUUACUUUGGGAAAGACACUUUCUGUGGAGCUUGGGUUGAAGAAGAAGAAGUUUAUGCCUUACAAUUAUCAGCACAAGUAUUUCUUCAUCACUAUGCCCUUGCUUGUGGUUCCAGUGUUCCAGUUGUACUCCAUAUACUUCAUAGUCCAGCGCAAACUGUGGCGGGAACUAGCCUGGACUCUGACCUACUUCAUCCGAUUCUUUUUUUUCUUCGAGCCCCUACUGGGUGUGAAGGGUGUCCUGGGACUCCUCCUGCUACUCAAUGUCGCGGAGAGUAUAUUGUUUACCUGGAUUUCACAAAUGAACCACAUCCCUAUGCACAUUGAUUACGAUAGCAACAUGGAUUGGUUCUCUACACAGCUCCAGGCAACAUGCAAUGUGAAUCAGUCCCUGUUCAAUGACUGGUUUACUGGGCACCUUAACUUCCAAAUCGAGCAUCAUCUUUUCCCCAGGAUGCCACGACACAACUACUGGAAAGUGGCCCCCCUGGUGAAGUCACUGUGUGCCAAACAUGGCAUCGAGUACCAGAGCAAGCCUCUGCUGACUGGGUUUGCAGACAUUUUGCGCUCUCUGAAGGAUUCAGGAGAACUCUGGCUUGAUGCCUAUCUGCACGGAUAAGCAGCAGCAGCUCGAGGACUGAUUGCCCUGAAGAUGUAGUGCACAGAAGUGGAGGGACAUGAGUGGGCUUACCUGUUGGGGUGGGGGAGCUGGUGGGCCUACUUCCAGUGUGUGUAUGGGGUUCUAUAAGACAAUUUUUCUCCUAUUAUAAUGCUCUUGGUCUGGCGUACGUGGGAUGGUAUAUGUAUAUGGGAACCACUAGGGAUUAAUCUUGCUCUGGGGAAGGUGGCUUUAACCAUGGGAACAGCAGCUGACAUUUCCCUUGGUGCAUACAUGGCGGUGAAUCCUAUCCAGCUUUUUCCUAGUGGGAGAGAGUCAACAUGAAAAUGGAGAUAGUGUAAAAAUUUCUGGAGAGAGAUCCAUGGGUCAGGGAGAGGGCCACUGUGGUGACAAAGAAAAGGAAGAGCCAUUUAAGGCUACAAUAUACUCUUACAACCGAAGUCUGUAAGCCACAAAGUGGAUGUGAAACAAUAGUGUGGACAUGACACUAAAAGGACCAAAACUCAGGAUGGGUGCAAGGUCAGAGGUGAAAACACCAAGCAGGAUUAGCCAUUGGACCAGAGGCACUGCACAUGAGACUUGGCCUGAUGUGUCGUGUUCAGUGACAAUGUGCCCGCUAAACUUUUCGAUCCAUAGGCAGAUUUUUUCUAUUCAUGUGUGGAAUAAUUUAUGUGCGCCAAGGCAUACAUAGGUGCACCACCAGCAGUAAUAAAAACCUAGCUGCGGAUAUUUGAAUCUCUCCUGGGCAGUCACACAAUCUCUCAUCUUACAGAGAAUACUGUUCACUGGACCCACUUCUGAGAGCAAGUAGUGAGAAGAGCCUUAAUCUCUGAUUAGUUGUCCAUUUGCAAUUUCAAAUGUAAUGAGUAUGGGCAGCAUCUCCCCUGCCUGGGCCAAAUUUAGGUGAUUAAGAGUUAAUUGAGCAAAUAUAUUGCAUGCAUGAUAGGAUAUACAUUAGUCCAGGGAAAUCCCUAUUCCAUUGAUUUAGCUGUUAAAAUCUCCCUGAAGGUUUAUCGUAUGAGAAAAAGCCAGGCAAGGCUCAGAGGCAGAUCUAUGGUAAAGCAAUUUCAUUUUUGUCUCGUCAUAUAAGGGAUAAAUAGAUGUCACUGACACCUCAGUAGCGCGGCAUUUAGUGCUGACUGAUAUGGUGCAGGCUGAAGCUUUAGGGGAUUGCCAAGGUUGCAACUAAGUGAUACAGUCCCUCCGGCUUCUCUUUGAAAGUUAAAAAGGGUUGCUAGUUCUAACAUAGGCAUUUAGCUAGGUAAUUAGUGGGACAAGGAACCUUUUUUCUAUCAAGAGCCACAGAAAAAAAAAAUCAGUCAGGGGCCAAACAAAGCCCCUGUGUGUGAAGAGGGUGUGGAGGCUCUGGGCUUUCCCUAGGCUCUGGGUUGGGGUCAAAAAUGAGUUCCGGGUGCAGAAAGGGGCUCCAGGGUGGGACAGGGAUGGGGGUGCAGACUGUGGGGGUGUGAUCUCUGAAGUGCAGCCAGGGACGUGGCAGAGGUUGAGAUGCAGGAGGAGGUUUGGGCUCUGUGUGGAAAGAGGCUCAGAGAUGAGAUGCAGGUGGGGAUGUGGCUCUCAGAGGAAGUUGAAGUGCAAGAAGGGGUUCUACCCUGUGGCAAAGGGUUCAGGGUGUGGGCUCUGACUAGCCAUCGUUUACCUCAGGAGGCUCCUGGCCAGUGGUGCAGCAAGGCUAAGGCAGGCUUCCUGCCUGCCCUGGCUCUGAGCCGCUCCUGGAAGCAGUUGCCAAGUCUGGUUCCUAGAAAGUCAAGGUGCUUCUCACCCACUGGCACUGACCCUGCAGCUCCCACUGAUUGGGGUUCCGGCCAAUCAGAGCUGCAGAGCUGGCGCUAGGGGCAGGAGCAGCAUGUGGCACUUCCCUGAUCACUCUUCUGCCCCAGGGACAUGGCAGUGAGCCAGUGUUCCUGGCUACAGUUAUAUGUGAACGUACACUAAGGCUCAGGACUUUUGGCCCAUGGUAUAGAGACUUGCCCCAGGCUGGAUGAAACGAAACAGUGGACCUGAUCCACUCCAUGAGCUGCAGGUGCCUUAUCCCUGGUGUGACAGAUCCAAGGCCUCCAUACUUGACAGCUGUCAGCAAAGAUGGAACUUGCAUCAAUCCACUCCACAACAACAAACCCCUACCACUUAGAGAAUCUUCAUUAACUCCAGCAGUAUUAAGUCUUACAACACACACCUGACCCUCCAUCAACUUGCGGUACUGAUGCACGUACAUUGUAGGCAAUAUAUUGCACCUGGUUGUUUCUUAUAUUACAUGCUUCUGAAGAGUGUCCUCAUAAAUAAAGUUGUCCGAGAAUGAAAAUUCUACCUCCACCUCCUUUUAAUAUUUAAUUGCAAUAUACAGGGAAAUACGCCACCCUUAAAGACAUAGGAUAGAUCUAAUGUGGUGCUUUGAUUGUGGAGGAUAAACAUAAAAUAUAUUUCAUACAAUUUUAAUUCUUAUGUAUGUCACUUUUAGUAGCAAUAAAUAACAGUUCUUUGCUGUG